CUGUUUUUUCCCGCUGCUACAGAUCCCGUCGGAGACGGUCUCUUCAAGGAUGGGAAGAGCCCGGGGUGGGGGCCCCUGAGCCCGGCGGUACAGAAAGGCAGCGGGCAGAUCCAGCUGUGGCAGUUUCUGCUGGAGCUACUGGCGGACCGCGCCAACGCCGGCUGCAUCGCGUGGGAGGGUGGCCACGGCGAGUUCAAGCUCACGGACCCAGACGAAGUGGCUCGGCGCUGGGGCGAGCGCAAAAGCAAGCCCAACAUGAACUACGACAAGCUGAGCCGCGCGCUGCGCUACUACUACGACAAGAACAUCAUGAGCAAGGUGCACGGCAAGCGCUACGCCUACCGCUUCGACUUCCAGGGCCUGGCCCAGGCCUGCCAGCCGCCGCCCGCGCACGCCCACGCCGCCGCCGCGGCCGCAGCCGCCGCCGCCGCCGCCCAGGACGGCGCGCUCUACAAGCUGCCAGCCGGCCUCGCCCCGCUGCCCUUCCCCGGCCUCUCCAAACUCAACCUCAUGGCCGCCUCGGCCGGAGUCGCGCCCGCCGGCUUCUCCUACUGGCCCGGCCCGGGCCCCGCCGCCACCGCCGCCGCCACCGCCGCACUCUACCCCAGCCCCGGCUUGCAGCCCCCGCCCGGGCCCUUCGGCGCGGUGGCCGCCGCCUCGCACUUGGGGGGCCACUACCACUAGACGGGGCGGCCGGGUGCCGCGCGCGCCCUCUCCCAGGCGCCCCGCGGCCUCGCUGGAUCCCGUCCACACCCCGGGGCAGGGGCCCGGAGCCUCCCCCCCACACCGUUCCUUUGAUCUCAGAUUUUACUUCAUCGCCGCCCCCAGCCCCGACGGAAGGGACCUGAAGCCUCCUCAGUCUUCUUUUAACACUGGAUUUGCCACCACCCCCAGCUGUGACAGUGGCCUGCCCCCACUUCCUUUAACCUCCUUCUUCUAGACCCCAGACCACGAAGGGGGUUCUCGGACCUCCCCGUCUUUUUCUGCCCUCCACCUGUCCUUUGGCCUGGCUCCUGAAAGCCCCCUCCAUUAUGACCCCUCUCUUUCGAAUUCCAAACCUUUUCUCAUUUUUUCUCUCCCCCACCAAGCUGCCCCACCCCAGCAUGAUGGAGGCCUCACACCGUCCACCUGCUCCUCCACCGCCAGGGCUUCACCGGACUUGGUGAGGGCCACUGCCCCUGUGACACAUCUAGGUAGCUUCUGGGCCCCUUUCCUCCGCCCCCGCCCCCCACGCGCAGGAUGGCCUGGUGUGUUUCUAUUCCCUUCCCUUCUAUUAAAG